UCUAUCUAUGCCUCUAUAGCUAAUUGCAACUCUCCCCAUCUCUCUAUUCUCUCUUCCAUUUCCGUCGAUUCAUCUCAUGGAGGAGACUCAGACGCCUGAGGAAGAAGUAGAAGUUGAAGUAAGUCGGUGUGAGCGGUAUUGGAAAAACUAAAUUAUCAACUUCAACUAGCUUAACAAUUUGCUGUGGGCUUUAUAAUUCUUCCACAGCGCCCCACCUUCUCCGGCUCUCCGGACCGGCCUUCUCCUGCUCUACGGCGUACCCCGUCAAACGGCAUGCCAAAAUGACAUUCUUCCCUUUUCGCUACCGACCUCGACCGGCGCUCGUUGCAAGCCUUAAUCAGCGUGUAUACACUCCGGCUCAGCAAAUAGAGUUUCACCUCAAGUACGAUGACACCAUUGCUCCACCAAUCCCACAAGGAGUCUUGGAAGAUAAGCUGAACUUCCUGGAUGAAAUUGCCGUGAAAGCGAGGUCCGUGAUUGAGGGGAGAGCCAACGAGAAGAACUGCGACCUACUUUGUGCUGUGUUCAAGAACCUGUCGCUCCUGAGCACCGCAAAGGCCGGUGGCGGUCCGUCGCGAUACUUGAAGCACCCAACUGGAAACUGGGCGCCUAAUGAAGAGCUUGACCGUGACCGUGACCGUGACCCGCUCCUGCCACUCCUCCAGAAAAAGGUCAAUCAGCCUAACGAUAUUGUCGUAGGCCGUCACCCCAUGCCGGUGGGCUCUGGCCCACAAUCUCCCAUAAUGAGCGACGAACUCCACCUGUGAGUCCCCGUAGCAUCGGCGAUUCGUCCAAUAGUAGCAUAUCACCGCCUCCGGACCGGCGUGCGAGCUAAGGGGCCUACGGUGGGUGAAUCGCUGAAGUGUCAUCUACAUAGAAGGAAGAGGUUUCUCAAUAUCAACUCAUGAUGGGUAGGAUAUAAAGAAAGUACAAUAUGAUAUGCAUGUGAUAGAGGGCAUAGGACUAAUCGUUGUGUCAAAAGAUCAUAAUAAGGUUCUCAUGUGGAGAUUACAAUCUAUAAAUAAUUUGGUUUGGGCUAUAUAUGCAUCCCCAAUGGAUAUAUAGUAGAACGA